AUGUAUGAUUUGGAAUUAUUCGUCGAGCAAUAUUUACCAUACUUUGGUCAUGCCCUGAUGGCUUUGGGAUAUAUCUUAGAGGAGAUUGAUAGUUUUCAGCCUCCAGUACCGAGUGCGGUUGUUCUCAUCGGUCACCUCUGCGUUCUCACGGACCCUCGAACCUUAACAACAGAACAAGAAAGUGUACGAAUUUUGAAUAUUAUAUUUCUAAUAAGUAAUCUACUAGUGUUCGUUUACGAUUUUGUUCUGGCUCUGGAGUUCAAUAUGCCGCCUAUAAAUGAGCUAGAUCAAUAUAUGGGAUAG